AUGGCAUUGGUGAACAACGAUCAGAUCAAGAGCUCUGAGCUCUUGAUUUCCUUGCCCACCUUUCGUCAUUUGUACAUCUGGCCUUUCGCCAUCAUUUGGCCAAUUUUCGCCCGCUACUACCUCGACGCCGAUCUCUACGAGAAGCACAUUGGCGCACAGGAGUGGACUUUUGUCUGGUGCGGCACAAUCAUCACGGCGCAAUCCCUUGUCUGGCUCAGCACGCACUGGAGUGUCAAUUUGAAAGCCUCCUUCACUGCAAGCAAGGCCAAGAGCAUCGAGGAUGCCGAACUCAUCAAAGUCAUUCCUGUGGCAAACGCUGGCACUCCAGAGAUCUGCAAGCUUGAGCGUGAAAACGUCGCAGGAAAGACUAACAUUUCCUUUCUCUUCCAGAAGCGCCGCUUCCUCUUCGACCCUGCUACCAAGACCUUCAGCCCUCUCGCAUAUGCCAUCGAUGCCGAACCAAAGCCGAAGCUCGACGAGUUCCAGAAGUCCAAGGGCAUACCCAGCCAAGCAGAAGUGACACGUCUUGAGCAAUACUAUGGAACCAACACCUUCGACGUUCCGGUACCAACAUUCACGGAGCUCUUCAAGGAGCAUGCCGUGGCCCCAUUCUUCGUGUUCCAGAUUUUCUGUGUCGGCUUGUGGAUGCUGGAUGAAUACUGGUACUACUCGCUCUUCACCCUGUUCAUGCUGGUCGCCUUCGAGUCGACUGUUGUUUGGCAACGCCAGCGCACGCUCAACGAGUUCCGAGGCAUGAGCAUCAAGCCAUACAACAUGUGGGUUUAUCGAGCGGGAAAGUGGACUGAAGUUCAGAGCGACAAACUGCUACCCGGUGAUCUCGUGUCUGUGAGCCGCACCAAGGAGGACAGCGGUGUCGCUUGCGAUAUGUUGUUGGUUGAAGGAACGGCAAUCGUCAACGAGGCCAUGCUCUCUGGCGAGAGUACACCAUUGCUCAAGGACUCGGUUCAACUGCGUCCCGCCGAUGCUCACCUCGAGCCCGAGGGACUCGAUAAGAAUGCUUUCCUAUGGGGCGGAACCAAGGUUCUACAGGUCACUCAUGGAAAUCCAGACGAAGAAAAGCCCAAGCUUGCUUCGGGAGUACCCACACCACCCGACAAUGGAGCCAUGGCUAUCGUCAUGAAGACCGGUUUCGAGACCUCCCAAGGCAGUCUCGUGCGCACAAUGAUCUACUCUACCGAGCGAGUCUCUGCCAACAACGCCGAAGCCCUCUUCUUCAUUCUGUUCCUGCUCAUUUUCGCAAUUGCCGCAUCAUGGUAUGUCUGGGACGAGGGUGUUCGCAAGGAUCGCAAACGGUCCAAGCUUCUGCUGGAUUGUGUCUUGAUCGUUACCAGCGUUGUCCCUCCCGAGCUGCCCAUGGAAUUGAGUUUGGCCGUCAACACUAGUCUUGCUGCCCUGGCCAAGUUGGCCAUCUUCUGUACCGAGCCUUUCCGUAUUCCUUUUGCUGGCCGAGUCGAUGUCGCCUGUUUUGACAAGACUGGCACGCUCACCGGCGAGGACUUGGUUGUGGAAGGUAUCGCUGGUCUUGGCCUGGGUCACACUGGCACAGAUACUCCUGUAGAGUCUGAUGGAGCCCACAGCCACAUGACCCUAGUCAAAGAUGCCGGUAUGGAGACUACACUCGUUCUCGCCACUGCGCACGCUCUGGUGAAGCUCGACGAGGGCGACAUUGUUGGUGAUCCCAUGGAAAAAGCUACACUGACCUCGCUUGGUUGGGUGCUCGGAAGGAAUGAUGUGUUGACUGCCAAGCCGGCUGCUGCUGCUGCAGGUGGUGUUGCUGGGUCCGUCCAGGUCAAGCGCCGAUUCCAAUUCUCAUCUGCUCUGAAACGCCAAAGCUCUGUGGCCACUAUCAACGCCAUGGAUUCCAAGACUGGCCACAAGAUGAAAGGCACAUUCGUUGGUGUCAAGGGUGCUCCCGAGACUAUUAUGCGCAUGCUCACUGUCGUACCCAAGGACUACGAGGAGACCUACAAGUACUUUACUCGCCGUGGCUCUCGUGUCCUCGCCCUGGCUUACAAGCAGCUGACAGUUGAUAACGAGCUUGGAUCUGGCAAGAUCAAUGACCUGAAGCGUGAGCUGGUGGAGGCCGACCUCACUUUUGCCGGAUUUUUGGUGCUUCAGUGUCCUCUUAAGGAAGAUGCCAAGCAAGCGGUCCAGAUGCUCAACGAGAGCAGCCACCGUGUGGUCAUGAUUACUGGAGAUAACCCCUUGACUGCCGUACAUGUCGCUCGUGAGGUUGAGAUUGUUGACAGAGAUGUCCUGAUUCUGGAUGCUCCCGAGCAUAACGAGGGCGGAGAGCAACUUGUCUGGAAGAGCGUGGACGACAGAGUCAGUAUCGAUGUCGAUCCUUCAGCAGCCAUUGAUCCGGAAAUUCUCAAGACAAAAGAUAUUUGUGUCACUGGCUACGCUCUGACCAAAUUGAAGGACAAGGACAACCAUGCGGCUUUCCGAUCUCUCCUCCGCUACACCUGGGUCUACGCUCGAGUUUCUCCAAAGCAGAAGGAAGAUAUUCUCAUUGGCAUGCGAGACCUUGGCUACUACACUUUGAUGGCCGGUGAUGGCACCAAUGAUGUAGGUGCACUGAAGCAGGCCCACAUCGGCAUUGCUCUUCUCAACGGUACACAAGACGACCUCACUCGGAUUGCCGAGCACGGCAGAAACACCAAGAUGAAGGAAAUGUACCAGAAGCAAGUGGAUCUCAUGAAGCGCUUCAACCAACCCGCACCACCCGUUCCUGCCAUGAUUGCGCACCUGUAUCCCGCCGGUCCAUCUAAUCCUCAUCUUCAAAAGGCAAUUGAACGCGAAGCCCAGAAGAAGAAGAUCACACCAGAGGAAUAUAUCAAACUGCAUGGUAUUGACAUGACAGAGACUGUUACAACACCCGCAGCUCAGCAGAUUAUCAACAACGAUCCCCGUCAGGCUAAACAACAAGCCGCCGCUCAAAAGGCCGCUGGCUUUGCCGACAAGUUGACUAGCGGUAUGAUGGAUAUGGAGAUGGACGAUGAGCCUCCUACUCUGAAGCUUGGUGAUGCUUCUGUUGCAGCACCCUUUACGAGCAAGCUCCGCAACGUCAUUGCCGUGCCCAACAUUAUCCGACAGGGUCGUUGCACUUUGGUUGCUACGAUUCAGAUGUACAAGAUUCUCGCAUUGAACUGCUUGAUCAGUGCAUACAGUUUGUCUGUGCUUUACCUUGAGGGUAUCAAGUUUGGCGAUGGCCAGUACACCAUUAGUGGUAUGCUGAUGUCUGUGUGCUUCCUGUCCAUCUCUCGUGCCCGUACUGUCGAAGGCUUGUCGAAGGAGCGCCCGCAACCCAACAUCUUCAACUUCUACAUCAUUGGUUCCAUCCUCGGCCAAUUUGCCGUCCAUAUCGUUACGCUCAUCUACAUUGCCCGAUAUUGUGAGCAGCUCGAUCCACGCGGCGAGCGUGAUGUCGAUCUCGAAGCAGAGUUUAGCCCCUCGCUUCUCAACACUGCCGUAUACCUUUUGCAACUCAUCCAGCAAAUUUCUACUUUUGCCGUCAACUACCAAGGUCGUCCUUUCCGUGAGUCCAUUUCGGAGAAUAAGGGCAUGUUCUGGGGCAUCAUUGGUGUCACUGCAAUUGCAUUUUCUUGCUCAACCAAGUUCAUUCCCGAGUUGAACGAAAAGAUGAUGCUUGUGGACUUUUCCAACGAAUUCAGUACCACCUUGACAAUGGUCAUGGUCCUCGACUUUGUUGGAUGUUACUCGAUUGAGGUCGUUUUGAAGAUGCUCUUUAGCGAUUUCCACCCACGAGACAUUGCCAUUCGCAGAAAGGACCAGGACGAGCGCGAGAAGGCGCGCAAGGCCAUUGAGAUGGAUGCGAAGGCCGCCGAAGAUGAAAAGGCACGUCUCGCCAAGGUUGAGGAGUUUGAGAAGAAGAUCGAGGAGAGACGACGCAAGAUUCAGGAAUGGAGUCAGGGACGUCAACAGCAGCCGCAACCUGCUGCCGCUCUCCGCUGA